AUUAGCUAAGCGAACCUUUAGCAGGUAUCAUUUGUACAGUUGGUCACCAUGGUAACGCCCCUGAAGCUUCAGCGCUAGCUACUUUAAAGCUCAACUGACCUAAGCUAAUGCAGUUAACGGUUGUGUGCGUGUGAAUCGUGAAAAUUAAUGCAAGAAGGAAACUUUAACGUGUGUCUUUUUUCAGAGUGGCCACCUUUGCAGAAUGUAAGAAGACGUCCUGCUUUAACGUAUGCUCCACUUAGCCCCAUUAAGAAACCUGCUGUUAGCUUGAUAGCUAUGUUUUACCGUCACCUAACACUGCGUUGGAGUAACAAGAUACCACUCAGAAUGCGUAUUACCUCUUGAUAUGAGGAAGUGGGCAGUUAGGGGUCGACAGCCACGUCGCGUUAUGUUACGGUUUGACGAUCUGUAAUUGUGAUAUUCUUAGAUAACCGAUACCAUCGUGCUCGCUGCGCUAUAACGGCAUCUAAUCCGCUUUGCACGUCUUAUUUUAGGGAUGGGAGAGUCGCCUGUAGUGACCCUCCAGCAGCAGAAGGGUGGAAGAUUGUGACGGCUCAGAAGCAAUGUUGGGCUGCCAUAUAAGAUGAAGAAGAUUUUUAGCUUUACUAAGAAAAAGAAGCUUGGUACCCCUGACAAUGGAAGUGUUCUUUCUGUUGGCUAUGACCUGAAAGACAAGGAUUUAGGGAAGCUUCACAAGGCUGCCUUACAGGGUGAUUUGGCUAAACUGAAGCAGCUUUCAAAGAAGAAUGACAUCAAUCAACUUGACAAGGAGAACAGAACGGCACUUCAUAUCGCCUGUGCCAGUGGUCAUGUUGAGGUGGUGCAGUUCCUCGUUGAGAGCAAAGCCAAGCUUAACCUAUGCGACAAUCAAAAUAGAUCCGCCUUAAUGAAGGCGGUGCAGGGCCAGCAUGAGCGCUGUGUGAGUGUAUUGUUGGAGAACCACGCUGAGCCUAACCUGGUGGACAUCAAUGGCAAUACAGCCCUUCAUUUAGCGGCAAACAUCCCAUCCAUGUCCAUCACUGUGUUGUUGCUGCAGCAUGGGGCUGAAAUCAACACCCAGAAUAAGGAGGGGUUCACACCCUUGACUGUAGCAGUCCGCGAGGACCAUAUCGAGAUGGCUGAGUUUCUCCUCAAGGAGACGGCUGAUGUGAAUUCUGUGGACCAAGACCAAAGGUCAUCAUUAAUGUUAGCUGCUGGCAAUGGACAAAUCAGUAUGGUGAAGCUGCUGCUGCAGUACAAUGCAGACAGCACACUCAAGGAUACCAAAGGGUGGUCAGCUGAUGACUAUGCUGUGAUGAAUGGCCAUCAUCCUUGUUCUCUGCUAAUAAUAGAGCGCGGUACCCAAAGGGCUGAUGGAGCCUCGGUGUCACGCCAGGGUCAGAGCAAGAAGAAAAAAAUGUUGGGCAGUCCUUCCCAUGACGGUGAGGCGGGCUUCUCUUUGGGAGGACCAGCCACUGAUAAAGAUGAGCAUGGAGCAAAUGAAGCAGGGGGAGAUUUCGAGGACAAUUCCCUGUCGGAAUCAUUGAGUCGAGUUUCGAAAAGUGCUGUUGAUGAAUGGGCUUCAUCAGAGGAUGAAGAUGAAUCUGUUUUAAUUGAAAAGAAACCACUAAAGGUAAACCUGAGCAAAAUGAUUGGAUCUAAAAAGGGAAAAGCCUCUGCUCUUCGUGACACAUCCUCGAGUGGCACGGAAUCAGAGCCAGAGAGUCACGAUAGAGUCCAGAGAAUCCCCUCCCUUCCAAAGGCUUUGUUCUCCAGCAAAACCAUGCAGCACCCAGUAGAUCCCCCUCCUCCCUCCUUCCUUUCCAAAUCACCUCAGAUGACUUCCACUCCUCGUCCAACAUACACAAAGGACUCAGAGAAGCCCUCGGGCAGUAAGAAAAUGCCAGAGUCUCCAGAAGGAAGCUCAACAGGAGAGGACUCUGAGGAGGAAGCUGGAGAGGAAGAAGAAGAUGAUAACGAAGAAGAAGAAGAAGAAGAGGAGGAGGAGGAGGAGGAGGAAGAAGAAGAAGAGGAUGAUGAUGAAGAUGAGGAUGAAGAUGAGGAUGAAGAGGACGAGAAUGAGGACGAAGAAGAUGAUGAGGAAAGUGAAGAAGGAGAAGAGGAUGCAUCUGUGGAGGAGGAUGAAGGGGCUGCCGUCACAGCCGUGCCUGCUGACUCAGAUUUGCCGAAACCCUCCGUUACCGUCGUCCUCAGCUCCGAAACUCCCAGCACCGAUGUCUGUCCCGACGGCGGGGCAACCGUCCGAGUUGAAAGUGCGAGGGAUGACGCUGAAGCAAAGACUGAAAACCCCGAGCCCAACAGCCCCCCUGCAAAAGCCGCUUGUGCUACACCAGCAACAUUAGAUGUCGAGGAGGAUUGCGUCGUGUCAGCCAUUAGAGUCGAGUCGAAGUUUUCUGACGAAGACGAGAGUGUUGGGAGGGAAUUAAAAAGGUCAUUGGAUCAAAACAUGUUUUCAGACCAAAGUUCCACAGAGGGCGUUGUGCCACCCAUGCUGCGCACGGACACCCUGUCGCCUUGCGUGGCCAAUGAGGAGGAUUCAGAGAAAGAAACAGAAAAGGAUGGCGAUGACUCCUGGAAAAAGCAGAAGAGCGGUGAUGAUGAUACUUGGAACGACAGUGACAACGAGGAGGACAACAAAACUGAAGGAUUUGGUGUCAGCCCCUUGGUUUCUUAUCAAAGAACCGUGUUAGCUAAGAUUAAUACAGAGCGUCCGGACAUUGGGUCAGACGCAGAAGAUGGUUCCGGAUCACGAAGAUUGGUCUUGAAAGGAGAGAAACGUAGGACCUCUUGGGGCUCAUCAUUGGAGGGCAGUGACACAGAUCUACCCAAAGAGAGUGAGGUGCACAGUGAGAAAAAUAAACAGGAAAGCCAAGUCAAAGAACAGGAUUUGCAGCCAGAAGCCGUUUCAUUGCCUUCUAAACGAGCUGUAACUCCAAAUGAAGACCAGCCCGAUACCUCAUGGGAUUCUUCAUCACCCAUGGUGCCAUCUACAAAACCAAAGCCAUCAGCACAUGAACAGAAGUCAUGUGCUGGACCAAGCUCAGCAAACUCUGCACAAUCCACAGUCACACCAGCUGUAGACGAAUCUCAGUGGGAUUCUUCUGAUAAUAAUGACCAAAAUUACUCAAACCCUGUCACCGCUUGUGAAACUCAAUUGACAGAUAAUGUUAUUACAGCAGCCCAAACUGCAGAUCAGGACAGAAGCUUUUUGGAGGAAGAAGAUAGAGAAAGUAUUGAGAAAGAGUCAGAUGACCCUUCCCCUGUAGUUUCAAUUGUACCUGAAGAUGAGGAUGGAAUCCAAGCACUUGAGGACUCUGAUACAGAGGCAGGAGCUCACCUGCCACACAUACAAGGAAAGUCAGACUCAGAGAAGGAGGACGAGGAUAGUCGUUGGGAUGACGAAGAUGAAAGUGAUGACUCCAAACAGCAGAAUGAGAUGAAGAUGACAACUUAUUGUGAACCGCCCACUGGUGCCAUAGACACCGAGACAGCAGAGGAGGCGAAGACAGACGGUGUCCAGAGCGAUGACGACAAGGAAGUGGUCCCCCGCUCUGUUACCCAUGGAGAUGAUGAGUCAGAGCCGGAGGAAGAAAAGGUGGCGACUCAGAUGAAACCUGGUCAGAGCAAAGACGACGACAAGUCGAGUGAGGAUUCCGACAGCGAGCAUCGCAACCUGCAGUACGACUUCAUCAGCUCCACGGUCAAAAGGCUGGACGUGAGGGCGGAUUCUGGUGACGCCGCUGACGUGUGUCUGCCUGCAGGUGGCAGCUCGGUUGACGACCACGGAGCUAUACUGACAUCCUAUGUUCCACUUGAAAAUAAAAGUGCCAUUGUUACUGAAACCAAAGAGCCAUCAGAUGGCUUUAACCAAAGCCAGAGUCCGUUUUCAAGCCCCUCCGCUAAAGAUAACGACAUCACCAGUCAACACAACGAUUCACCGUGUGACGAGCUGCCUCAGACUGAUAUUGAUGAUGUUGAUGUAGACUCUGAUGAGGUAGAGAGCACAGGCAUGAGCUGCCAUAAGCUCAAAGACACAGAAGAGGCAGACCCUCAGAAAGAAUAUUCCACUGAGGAUGAAGAUGAUGAUGACGAGGAUGACAAAGAGGAAGAUGAGGUUGAAGAAGAGGAGGAUGGAGAUGUAUCGGAAGAGAAUGAUCAGACUGAAGACAAUGCAGAGCGUGCUGAUGCCACUUCUCCUAUUCCUGAAGCGGAGGUCUGUAAGGAUAAAAAAAGAGAUUUUCUUUCUGAGCUCGGUUUGGAGGAAGGUGAAGAAGAUUCAUGGGACUCUGAGUCACAUUCUGAAAAGUUUAACUUACCAUCCGAAGAGAGGCAAAGUUUGCACAUCCAGAAUCCUGAAGUGACCUCUAAUGAAGAAGCACCAAGAGAAAACUUGUUGUACAUUCCUUCUUUUUUAAGAGGGAAAGGAGGCAGUAGGAUGGGAGAGCUAGAGCCUCGCAGGAGUGUAGGCAAGCCAGCAGGCAUUCAGGGAGAGGCUGGAAACGACAGUACUCAGGAUCAGAGAGGAGAACCCAUUCAUGAACACGAUGGGACACCAAAAGAGAAUGACAAAGCAAAAUGGGAGCCUCUGAGUGUCCUAAGCAAACUCGAUGGAGGUUUUGACCAAAACAAAGACCUAAUGGAAGAACUCGGUCUGGGUGAUGUUGAUGAUCUUGAGGAUGCAUCAGACUGGGAUACAGCCAGCACUACCAGUAAAAGGACCCUGCCUGGACGCAGAAUGGCCUCUCCUGGGCUUGAAGACUUUCCCGAGGGCUCCAAUUCGUCUCUUAGGGAGAGGAAAGAAGACGCAGCAGCUGCAGCCCCCACAACACUUCCGAGAAGCGUCAGUCCUGAUGUGACACUGCCGAGCUCCCCCUCUAAAGCUGCCCCCCAGCCCCAGCCUCGUACAAGGAAGAUGGUGACUCAGAAACCAGAGAGCGAAGAAGAAUCGGAAAGGGAGCCACCCCACACUUCUCCCACUGGCAGUCAGCUACAAAAAACAGCAGAGCCUCCAGAGGAGGUUAAAGAAGGUUCCCCGGAGCCUGUUUUGAUGGAAGAGGACAUUAACCCUAGGUCAGAGUUUGUUGAACAAGAGGAGAAAGACGAUGCAGUAGAUAGAUGUGAGGUGGCUCUGAAUAACUCUGGCCAAGGGGAGGAUGGCUCUAAAGACGAUCAGUGCAGUGGUGUGCACAGAGCUGGUGGGGGUGACGAUGUUCCGUGGGAGAACCGUUAUGAGAAGCUCUGGGUAGAGGUGGAGAAAAAAGACGUCAAGUCCACCUUCAGGAGUGUCGCCGGGGAAUUAAAGGAGAAGUUCGGAGAACUGUUCAAGUCAAGACAAUCAUUGGUGAACACGAUCGAAGAGGCCGCGUCCACCUCAGGAGAGGAAGAGUCAAGUGAUGAAGAAGAGGGGCAUGUUAUCCUUCGCCCUACAGCCAGAGCAAGGAGCACGGUCCUGCUCACCAUACCUGAGCAGAGGGAGUCUGGACUGGAGGACUCUGAAGCAGAGUCACUCGACAACUCCUUCUGCAAGGAAAGGAUGCAGGACUGUGAGCAGCCUCAUGAGGACUGCAGUAUUCUUCAGGAACCGGAUCCUGUCACUGAUAACGCGCCGGGAUCUGCCUCACACCUGCUCACAACAGUAAAGGAGGGCAUAGACAACGUGGAUCACUCAGCAAAAACUUCAGCUGACCACAACGCCAACCCUGCUUGUGCUGACAGCUUAAAGGAUAAGGGCGAUCAGCAUGUGCAGCCAACCUUUAAACACCCAACUGUGGACUCAAAGGAAGACGAUAGUAGCACUAGGAGGCUAGAGGAGUUAGCCACACCUCAGCCUCCCUCACAAAGCAGACAUCCCAAUGUGUCUGAGGAAGAUCUGGAAGAGGACCCAGAAAAGUUUAAACUUGAGGCCGAUAAGGGAACGGCACAGUCUGUUGUGGAGGUUCAAAAAUCUAGUCCUUCCCGGGAUAGUUGUGGAACAACACAGGGAGAAGUUGGCUCUGAGAAACCUGAGACUGCUUUGAGCUGCCUGUCAAGUCAAGCUGAAGCAAUUCAUCAGGACCAGCCGCCCGUUGCCGCCAAGAGCACCAGCGUGGCUCCAGCGCAGAAACAAGACAAUCAAGCUGUAGAGGAGACCUUACAGCAGGAGCUGGUCAGAGGGGCCCGGCGCAGCAGAGCCCCUCAGACCAACACACAUGUUAACGGAGAUCCUCUCUCUGUGUUUGACGAUAGCUCUUUAAGUGAGGUGUCGGACGAUGAAGAAAGGAUGUCAGCUGGUGGACAACAGAAAGAAAAAACCUCUGGGCAGGAAGAAGUGGACAUGGCAGAAGAUUUUGACGAACUCACUCAGUCAUCUGACACAGCCACAGAUGAAAUGGACUCGCCCACGUCCGGCUACCGUCAUGCGUCCCUCCUCAUUCAGAAGCUGGACUCAGCCACUUUUGACUCGACGAGCAUUACAAAGCUGCAGAACAUUUUCCAUGAGUAUGAACGCUCCAUCCAAAAGGCAAGAAGUCGCCAUGGCUACCUGACAGACAAAGUGGGCCAGUUGGAAACGGAGAGGCAGGAGUUAAAGACCUCCCUGGAGGAAGUUAAAGAUAUUAAAUCUGCACUGGAGCGCAACCAGUUGGAACUUCAGACUGAAGUCACAAACAUCAAAUUUCAGCUGAAACAGGAGCAGGAGAACCGUCGCAAUGCCAACAUGAUGUACAACAGUUCCAGAGAGAAGCUGAGGAAGACAGAGGAGCAGCAUCAGCUGGAGGUUCAGGAGAGGCAGAAGGUGGAGCUGACACUCAGAAACCUGGAGCUGGAGAUGAGAACACUGAUCAACAGCAUGAAACAGCUUGAAGAGGACCACAGUGAGACCCAGAGGCUGCUAGCUCAGGAGCGCAGUGCACGUGCUCUGCAGGAAAACCUGCUCAACAGCCACCUGCGAAAGCAGCAAGAGAUGGAGGAGCAGAACAAAAGAAGCCUGAGCAAAAGCAACGAGGCUCUUUCUCAGCUGACUGAGGCCAGUGACAGGGAGAGGGAGCUUCUUCAGCAGACGUCUGCCCUACAGGAGCAGCUGACCACGCUGAGGACCAACCUGGAACGCUCCCAGCAGAGCAGCAGUCUCAAAGAGAGCCACCUUUUGGAGGAGAACGAGGCCCUCAAGGAGCAGCUCGAAGAUGUUCGACGAGACCUCAAACUCAGCAACGACGCUGUGACCCAAACGGUCUUCAGCUGCAACAAGCUGAAGUCUGAGUUGGCAAUAACCACAUCCUGGCUGGAAAAUGAGCGCCAGGCUCGCGAAACGGCGGAGGCGGAGGCCGAAUCUACUCGCAGCCGACUGGCUGGAGCCCUAAAGGAGGCCGAGCUUCGCCUGGCGGCUCACUCUGAGACGGAGAAAGCUCUGCUCCGGGAGAAAGAGGACCACCAGCGCUUCAAAGACAGGCUUAAUGGUGAGACGGCCAGCCAGCGCGAGGCCGUCAGCAGCCUGUCCCAGAAGCUGGCCAAGGCAGAGGCCCGGGGGAACAGCCUGGAGAACGAGGUCCAUCGGGUCACGCUGCAGCUGACCGAAAAGGGCCUCCUGCUGGAUGUCCUCCAGCGGGAGAGGGACCAGGCCACCACGCGCUCCAAGGAGCUGGACGCCACCCUGCAGACCGAGAGGGAGCUGGUGGGCCGCGCCGGGGCCCGCCAGGAAGCCGCGCAAGAACGGCUCGCCCAAGCUCAGAGCGAGGCCAUGUUGCUACGCCAACAGCUGGAGGAGGCCCAAAACAAAGGCGUCGCGAAGGAGCGCGCCGUGACGGACGCCCAAGUGCGCUUCAACGACAUUCUGACCCAGCUGCGCUCCGACUGUGAGGAGAGGGUUCAGCUGGCAGAGGAGAGGAAUAAAGAGCUCGCCAGUAAGGCCGCUGACCUCCGCGAGCAGAUUUACAAGAUGGAGGAAGAGAAGAGCGAAAGGGAGACCAGUCUGAGGCAGCUGCAGCAGGAGCUCGCUGACUCUCUGAAGAAGCUGUCAAUGAGCGAAGCUUCCCUGGAGGUCAACACACGCUAUCGUAAUGACCUGGAGGAGGAGAAGGCCCGGCUCCUCAAGGACUUGGACAGGCUCAAGGGAAAGCUUGAGGACAGCGAAGAUCAGUAUGUGCAGGCGGAGAGACGCAUCAACAGUCUGAGGAGCGGUCUGGAUGAAAAAGAAAAGGAACUGUCCACUACUGCUCAGAAACUCCAGGAGGCACUGUCUGCCUCCGCAGCCUCCGAUCUCACCACCAAGCAGCUGGAGGAAGCCGUGCAGAAGCUGGAGAUUGAGAAUGCCAGACUAGAAGCUGCGGCGAAGCAACAGUCCAACAAAAUUGAUGCUCUUCAGAAAGGGGCUCAGGAAGCUGCCAUGGUGCGUGGGCGUCUGGAAGACUUAGUAACCAAUCUCCAAAGCAGUAAGAUGACUUUAGAAGACCAACUCAAUAGAGAGGUCCAGAAACAAAGCGUGUUGUCUCAUACAGCCCAGGACUCUCAGGCCCUGUGGGAGGAGGAGUUGAAAAGCCGCUCAAAGUUGGGUCUGCGUCUGGCAGAGCUGGAAAAGGAGAAGGGGGACCUGAGCACCCAGAUGGAGCUAGAGAAGAGGAAAGCAAAGAAAAUCUCUGAGCAGAAGAAGGCCGUUGACGCUCGUCUUGAUCAAGAGAUGAAAAGAAACACAGAGCUUCAAAAAGAAAUGUACAGGCUGCGCACGUUGCUGAAGACUGCAAAGAAGAAACUGCGCGAUCAAGACGCCGGUGGGGCCGAGUUUGGAUCUCCCAUGAACAGCCUUCGGAUAGACCAGAGCAGGGCCGGUCAGGCAGAGGGUGCCUUUGGGAGAAUGAAAGAGAAGGUGGAUGAUCUGCAGGUGCAGCUGGAGAUGGAAUCCUCUCGUCGCAGCCGACUGGAAAAGGUGAACGUGGAGCUUAAGGACCAGUUGGCCUCUGUGAAGAGCCUGAGCCGCAGCAACGACGAGCUGGAGAGGAGUAAGAGGCAGCUGGAGGAGGAGGUCCUGGACCUGAGGCGUCGAAUGGAGACCGCUCAGGUGGAGCAAAGUCAGAUGGAGCAGUACCGGCGUGAGGCCGAGGAGAGGGCACGGCAAGAGAUCCAGCAGAAGCUGGAGCAGGUCAACCUCUUCCUCCAGACUCAGGCAGCCUCCCAGGAAGCGCUAGAUCAGAUCAAAGCUGCCAACGAGGCGAACCUGCGCUCCCAGCUGGAGCAGAGGAUCCGAGAGCUGGAGGGGGAUUUGGGCCGGGCCCGCAGCACGCAGCAGGACAGCCUAAACCAAAGGGACUCCACCCGCUCCGAGCUAGAGCGAUACCGGCAGCUCUACACGGAGGAGCUGCGCCUCCGCAAGUCGCUGGCGGCUAAACUAGAGAGGUCCAACAGCCGGCUCGCCGAGGCCAACUCCAAGCUGCUGAGCGAGCGCAGCAGGUCUCUCAUCACCAGCAACAUCACAAACGGGGGCCUGGCGGGGCCCUCGCUGGACCUGGGCACAUUUGCUUCUUCAGCGAAUUACGGGGCCACACUGGGACCCCUAAACAGGAGCCUGGGCCUGGGGCUGUCCCUCAUCAGCCCCGCGACAGAGGGGCAGAACAGCAGGGUGGAGGACUAUCUGGCCAAGCUUCUAGCUCAAAAGUCUGUCUCUCACCUCUCUUCUCUACAGCCAGACUCAUAA